AUGUCUGACACCUACUCCAGUACCUCUCUCCCGUCCUCCAAGGCUACAACAUACAAACCCCACAGCAACACGUUUUCCUCCUCAUUCUCCUCCCCCACUCCAGAAGAACACUUUACCCUUGGCAGCAGGCUUAGUGACAGGACCACAGUUUAUGCGAGCCAUGAGAGCGAGCCAGAGGCAAAACCAAAAUAUGAGUGGAGGAGGAGCUUGGUGGAGCAGGAGGAGCCUGCUGCACCUGCAGGUGAAAGAGAGGGACAGAGGGAGGGAGAGGCAGAGUCAGAGAGGAUAAAGUCAAGCUGGGAGUCACAACAACUCUCUGUGUCCGGCUUCUCCUCGGCACUUCAAACCAGCUGCACCGACAGUUUCCUAGAAGAAAACAACGACGAUUCAUCUCGAUUUACUGGAUUGUUCAAGGCCACGCUUGUGGAGCUGGACCCUGGAGCUCCUCACUCCACUCCCCCUGCCUCCCCAGACAUAGACUCCCCCAACCAGUUCGACAUGGAUAGCCUUGUGGAUACCCUGAAGAGCAUGGGACCUUCCCUGAGGCCCAGGAGCAUGGGCCUACGUGCACCGCCCCAGGUCCUUGUCUCCUCUCUGCCUCCCAUCGUCGAGGAUGCUCCCAGCCCCGUUACCUCUCAUACCCCUGCCUACCUCACCAGUCCCACAAAGAAGAUGGAAACAAUAGGCACCCCUGCCGAGUCCUUCAAUGGAGUAAGCCUACUACCUGCUGACCUGGGACUGAAGAGGAGCUCCCCCAGAGACACUCGUUCACCCCUGGAAUUGAUGAAGCAGAGCCAGCAGGAUCAGCAGCCACAGUCUGGUGCAAGGGGCCUGAACUUGCCCAUGAGAGCAUCUGCUACCAACAGUAUUGUAAUUAGAAAAUCCUCAGACUCCUCCCCCGACGACUUAAAAUCCCCACUGCUUAAUGGAAACGGACUAUUGCCGUCUUCCAACACAGGCUCUCGCCUGGACAACAGUGUCAUCUUUGGAGGCUACAGGUCAUCAUCCAUGGAUCAGACAGUGGAAAAUGGAAAGUCCCCGCGCCCGCUCUACCGCAGUGGCUCGCUGCCAGAAACGGGGCUAACAGGUGAUCGCAUGAGCACUGGACUAAAAGAGGUCAGUGAACACAGCCCCGGGAAAGAACCAGUGGGUUCUCGCUUUGAGCGUUUCUCCUUCCUUUUGAAUUCCACAUCCUCUGCGUCAGGCUCCAUGACCGGAGCUGAAGACCCCAACGCUCGUAUAAGUCGGCCUCCACCACUUGGCAUCAGUUCACCACCCUCCAGCAACAGCCCCACACGCCUCCUCAGCCCCACAGGCUCCAUAGACCUUCACAGGCCUUUCACCACCCCAGACUCCCCCUUAUCUUUGUUUAGCCAGACACAGGGGAUGGGGAUGGGGAUGGGUGUAGGUACUGGGACACUGGGCACUCCCAUCCUGCAGAGGAGCUUCAGUGGUGAGGGCACCAUGGGGGUCCAGCAGACUUCAUUGUUCAACAGCGUGCAUGGAGGGUCUCAGUUCCAGAGCAAAGAACCUGAGCCUGAUAGGAAUUUAAUGUCGAAAUACAGAGCCUUCCCUGAUGCUUAUCUGACUAAAGAGAAGGAGCAUGGGAAGCUCAAUCCUCGUCCCGGAAAGAUGUACAUUUUUGAUCGCCCGGGGAUGUGCGGCCAGAGGAUCGAGGUGCGCAGUGAUGUCAUCGAUGCUACGCCCUGGGAGCUGCAGGAGACCAUCUCCAUCAGGGUCAUCAGAGGAGGAUGGGUGCUGUAUGAGAAACCCAACUUCAAAGGGGAGAAAAUCGCCUUGGAUGAGGGAGACAUCGAGCUCACCUACCCCUUCAACCCUCCAGAGGAGCAGCUGCAGAACGGACAGGAGGAGGGAGAAACAAAGGAUGAGCAGACAGAGACCAAACCAGCUAGGAGGUUCAUCAUCGGAUCUAUACGGAGAGCUGUCAGGGACUACAGCGUCCCAGAAAUCAGUCUUUUCCCAGAAGAAAACGCUGAGGGGAAGAAGGUCAUCUUCAGAGACACUUCUGAUGAUGCCAGGAUUUUUGGCUUCCCCGUUAAGGCCAACUCUAUCAUCAUUAACGCCGGGCUCUGGCUUGUAUACGGACAGCCCUUCUUCCAGGGAGUACCACGUGUCCUGGAGGUGGGGGGGUACUCCAACCCUGCAGCGUGGGGGGUGGAACAAGCCUAUGUGGGAUCAUUGCAUCCGCUCAAAGUAGGUGAACCAAGAGUGGAAAACGUGAGUGAACCGAAGAUGGUGAUCUACGACAAGCCGUACUUCUCUGGGAAAUCAAGGACUAUAACGGCUAACAUGAAAGACUUCAUGACCAGGACAGACAGACAGCAGAGUGUCUUUAUGUACAGUGUUGGUUCCCUUAAAGUACUGGGAGGAAUCUGGGUGGGCUACGAGAAGGAGGGUUUCCGAGGCCACCAGUACUUGCUAGAGGAAGGAGAGUACCACGACUGGAGGGUGUGGGGCGGCCGUGACGCUGAGCUGCGCUCUGUUAGGGUGAUACGAGCAGACCUGACAGACCCGUUGAUGGUGAUGUUUGAACAGCUAGAAGAAGAUCAAGAGGGAAUGCAGGAGAACACAUUCGAGGUGACCGAAGCCAUUCCCGAUGUCGAGCUGUUUGGGUACAAAACCUCCACGCGCUCCAUCCACGUACUCAGCGGGGCAUGGAUAGCCUACUCUCAUGUGGACUUCUCCGGGGACCAGUACAUCUUAGAGAAAGGGUUUUACAAUAACUGUGCUGACUGGGGCUCUCAGGACACUCGCAUCUGCUCGGUGCAGCCCAUCCUGCUGGCUCCAGGUGACAACACCAGGUCCAGGAGUGAGAUAAUACUUUACUCUGAGCCAGAUUUUCAGGGCGAGUGCCACAUCUUUGACCGCAACCAGGAUGAAGUGUCAGAAAAAUACAUCAUCAAGUCCUGCCGAGUGGUGGGAGGAAGCUGGGUGGUCUACGACAAUCAGCAGUACUCUGGGAACAUGUAUGUCCUAUCUGAAGGGGACUACCCCAAUUUAACCAGCAUGGGAUGCCCCCCCAACUACACUGUCCGUUCUGUCAAGGUCGUACCAACGACAUUCUCAGUUCCCUCCAUCUCCCUGUUUGGCCUCGAGUGUCUGGAGGGCCGAGAGAUCACCACAGAGAAUGAGAUCCUCAACAUGGCCGAAGAGGGUUUGAACAACCACAUCCUGUCUGUCAGAGUCAACAGCGGCUGUUGGGUGAUAUGUGAACACAACAACUACAGGGGGCGCCAGUUCCUUCUGGAAUCGAUUGAAAUCACCAACUGGCCAAAGUUCAGCUCACUACAAACUAUUGGCUCAAUGUAUCCAGUCAGACAGAAGCGCCAGUUCUUCCACAUCAAGAACAAAGAGAGCGGCCACUUCAUGUCCGUGCAGGGCGGUGUGGAGGAGAUGAAGUCAGGGCGAGUGGUGGCGACCGCAGAGGUGGAGCCGAUGAGCGACAUCUGGUUCUAUCAGGACGGCCUCAUCAAGAACAAGUUGUCCCCAACCAUGAGUCUUCAGGUGAUGGGCAACGUAGAGCCAGCAGCCAAGGUGGUUAUGUGGACAGAGACUCGGCAGCCUGUCCAGACCUGGACAGCCAAGAUGAGAGGCCUCAUCACGAGCCUUACCUUCGCCGGCAUGGUCCUGGAUGUCAAAGGUGGCAAAACGUACGACAAGGAGCACGUGGUGAUAAUGCCGGAGAAUGACGAGAGGCCAAGCCAGCAGUGGGAGAUAACGUUGCUAUAAAAAUCUCAUCUUCUUCUUUACUCAGCUUUCCUAAUUAGUAAUAAUAUCCCUUCAACACUCUGAGAACUGCUGCCACUGCCUUAUGAUGUAACUUAUUUCAGUGCCUGUAAUAUUUUCUCUACUCUGAACUCCAUGAUCGUAUCACUGUAAACAUUCAAGGCCUGAAAAAAGCUGCAGCAGACAGUUUGGUGCUUUGCAAACUUUUGUGUUUCUGUUCGUCUGUACUCUUGUAAUCAAAUGAUUCCAUUUUCUCCAAGUCAGUGAAAGACUUUAUGUCUGCAAGGACUCCAACAAAGAGAACUGUAAGUGCCUUUACCUGCUACAGCGGCUGGUGUCAUCACAGGAGUUGGAUCACAAGCAAGAUUCAAUGUAUUUCUGAGGAUGUACUGAGCUACUGUAUACAGUACACGCCCAGCAUGGACAGACCCCUUCCAUUGUAUCCACUGAUCAAAGGGAUGGUUUGACCUACUCCACGACUUUGACCUUUAUCUGACCCCUUGUCAACAAUUUGGGUAUUCAGACACGAGUUUCCUUGUUUGAAUGAUUCCAGGCUCAUGCAAAUUCUCUGACUGUAGAAGCAGCUGUAGUUUUAUACCUUUGUUUACAAUGGAGCAAACCAAGUUUUAAUUGCUUCCUGGAGAGAACAUCACAUGGCUGCCAGUGCUUUAUAUAGACAGUGGAAGAAUGAAGCCGAAAGAAUGUGCAGUAUGCAAGAAAUGUGCAUUAUGCUUUUUUUUAGAAAAAAUGAUAUAUAUAUAUAUAUGUAUCACCGUUUGUUUUAUGGGAAGUGUUGCAGUUGUGUAAACAGUCUAUUACAUUACAUGCUGCAGUGCAAUGAAAGGGGUUGUAUGUGUACAGUGUCUGUUAUGUUACUCUGUCUUGUUGUAUUUUUGUUGUCAGAAUCUGUUACCUGCAUCAGCUGUAUGUUUAAUAUUUGAUACUAAAGAUAUAAUGUCUAUUGUGAUGUAAAAGGGAGUGGUGUUAAGAUAUCGAAAACAAAAAUAAAUGAUGUUAAAUUAAAACAAAGCUUA